GUCAAUUUUACCUUUUAAAUUCUAAUCAAAACAAUGUGUACAACAUAUGAAUUUUCUUUGAAAAAUAAAUAUGUAGUCAAAGGAAUGUUCAAAUAACACCGCAAAAUAGCAGAUAGUACAACAAGGUCAUGCGUUUUAUAUUGUAUUUAUAAUUAUUGUAAAAGCAACACAAUUAAUAUCAUCUGGUUUGCUUCUUUGGGGGAAAAUAUAAGUUAAGUUAGUAUUGUUUUUUAAAAGGGUACAUACUGCCAAAUGACUUAACUUUUACAUAGUUAAUUGUAAAAUGUUUUCUAACUCAAUAUUUAUAAAAUAAACAUGGAGAAAAAUAAAGAAGUAAUCAACAUUUGUGGAUUCUGUUUAAAAAGAACUAGUACAGAUAGUGUCACAGAAGUUUUCUUAGACAUGAUUCAAAUUGUAAUCCCAGAUGUGUUACCAUACUUGAACAAGGUAGCAGUAUGUGAAAACUGCGAUAGACUUGUAAAAAGUAUAUUUAAUUUCAAAUCCACUUGUCUAGAAAUUGAAGAUAAUAUUUAUAGUUAUAAAACAAACAAUUCCAAAGAAUUAGAUUUAGAAGAUCUAGUUGGAUUAAGAGAAAAUGAUUUUUAUAAGCAAUCUAGGAUAUGCAGGACUUGUUUUAAAAUGGUUGAAGAUGACAUGUGUUUGUUGGUUGAUAAAAAUAAUGAUUCUUUGCUACAGCUACAUCAGAAAAAAUGCCUUCCAGAGUUGAAUAUGGAACUUACCAAACAGCCAGUUCUUUGUGCAGAUUGUGUUGAUAUGCUUCGAAAGUAUUUUAAUUUUGUAACCAGAUGUAUUGGUAAUGUAGACCAUAAAAAGAACUUACUGAAAAUUGAUAAAAUAGAAGCUGGUAACGAUCUGACUAAAAUAACAAAAUAUGAAUUAAUUAUAGCAGAUGACAUAAAAAUUGAAAAUGAAAAAGACUUACCCAAUGAGGAAUAUAGACUGCAUAGUAGUAUCUGUAUUAAAGAUGACAUACAAGAGUUGUUUUUGUCUGAUAUUAAUAAUGAUUGUCAAGUUCCUGAAAAUACUAAUGAAAUAGUUGUAAUAUCAAAUGACAUUUCGAAUAUUGAUAUUUCGCAAUCUAAUGAAUUAGAGCAAAAUGCUGAUAAAGUAAUUAGUGAAGAUGUCAUUAGUAUUUCAGAUUCUAAUGAGGACACUGUUGAAUAUAAUUUAAAAGAAAUAUGUGGGGACCAUUCACAUAAUUCUAAAGAAUUAUUUGAACUUAGGAAUAAACAGACUGAUAAUAAUGGAGCGAUUUUACAACGUAAUCAUUCAACUACAGUUAGUACUCAUACCGAAUAUACUGUUAAUUUUAAUUUCCAAGACAAAGGCGGGAACAGUGAUUCUCAACAAUUAUGUGAAGCUAAGAAUACUAAUACUGAUGACAAUCAACCUGCUUUAGAAUGUACAGCUAUAGAGAUUAGUGAUGAAGACACUGUUGAAUACAACUUACAAGAAAUAAAAGAGAACAGUGUUAUCAGAGAAUUGUCUAAACCUGAAAAUAUAUGCACUGAUAAUAACAAACAUACUUUAGAAUGUACAAGUUCAACUAUAGUGGACAAAAGUACACUUAAAGAUAAUCAAACAACAAUGGAUUCAGUGAUAGAUAAAAAGACUGAUGAUGAGAAUACAAAAUUAGUUUCCAAAUUUAAUCAAAUUUUCAAUAACAGUGUUCAAAUUGAUAGUAAGAAUACUGGUCAAGAAGUUACAAAGAAUUAUUCAGAUAAUGGUGGACAUGAUGAUGUUGAAACAGAUUUAGAAUGUGUAAGAAAUGUUAGUACAGUUACAUCGCAGCAAGCAGAGACUAAUUUGAACCAAAGCAGUGUACUCAAAAAUAAUAACCUCAAACAAACUAAGAGCCCAUCAAAAAAUGUUGAUGCUAAUGAUAAAACUGAUAAUGGUGAUAAAAAUCUGGAAAUAGAAUUUAGUUCAGAUGAAGACAUCAGUCGUUAUGCUAAUGACAUAGAAGAAAUUAUAGAUGAUUUAUCACUAGAUGAAGAUAGUAACAUUGAUAAUGCAUUAACUAAAAGUAAUACUUUGAAUAAAGAAAAAAUCAUAGAAAUAUCAAAUACUUGUGAUUCAGAUAUUCAGUGUGAUAUUGAAGCGGUACAUACAAAUUCUUCUGAAAUAGUUCACAGUAAAUAUGACAGUGAUAUAGAAAUUAUCGGACUUGCUGAAACUCAAAAAGAAUCGCACAGUCAGAAUAAAAAUUCUGACAGUCAAUAUAAUGUAGGUAAUAGACGAAGUAAUCGAAAAAGUAAAACUAAACGGAAGCUCUCUGACUUGUCACCUGAAAGUUCACCUGAUCAGAAUCACAAUAAUGAUUCUGAUUUUGAAGUUAAUAGCGAUAACGAAUCAUCAGAUUCAGAAGAAUAUUCAGAAAUUAAUAAAAGGUUCAAGAUGUCGAAUAAAUACUUAUAUUGUGGAUAUUGUCGAUAUAGGGCGACAAGUACAAUGCGUAUGGAUGAACAUUUGAACAAGUGUAAAAAAUUUCAGUCAGUAAAAAUACAGGAACAUCCGAAAAACAAGAAGUCAACAUCAAAUACAUCAUUAAACAGUACAAUAGUUGCAGCACCAACCAGUGGAGUCACAUCUCAACAAAAUGCUACAUAUUCAAUGUUUUUGGGUCAAACUCUUUUAUAUCUCAUUCAAAAAAGCCAUAUAAUAGUUGGAGAAACUAGUAGUUCAUAUUCUCCCUCUGUCAACAAAACUAAUGUGAUAGAUUUCCGAUCGAAUAAAACCGCAGAGAAGCAGCAAUCACAAGAAUCUUCGAACGUUAUAAUAGUUUCGGAUGAUGAAAAGUCAAUUGAACCAGUUGAUACAUUAAACGAAGGGUCUAAUAAUUUAGUAAUAAUCAAUGAAAACGAUAAUGUCAAUGAGGAACUUACUACACAAUUAGAUGUCGAUCCAUUAGCUGUUGAUAUUGAAAAUGUAAGGGCUACAAUAUUAAAAGAUCACCAUUACUUCUUACCACCAGAAACGGAUAUUGAGAAUGAGUUUAGAUCUGUUAAUGUGCAAACGGGUAGUGGGAACGAAGCUGAACCACUGCCAGAUUCAAACAUUAAUAUCGUUUCGAAUUUACUGUUGAACCCAGGUCAAACCAUAAAUAACGCAAUUGGGCUGAUGUCUGUAGGAAAGGAUGAUUCGCUUAAAAAUGGAGAAAAUAAUGAUACUGAAAUUCCAAAGGUUGCACCUGCUGAAGGUAAAACUCAUGAUGCUGAAAACAGUAAAAUAACUACAGAUACUGAAAUUAAUUCAGUAAUAAAAGAGUUGGAAAGUGUUUUAGAGGAUAGUUCAAUUAUUUCUGAAUCAACAAAAAAUACAAACAAUUUAAAUAAAGACCUCUAUUCACAAAAUAAUGUAGUUCCUGAUAAAAUAGUAACUGCAGUCUGUCAUCCUAUGACAGAAAUUAACCAAGGCUCAAAGAGUAAUUCUAACAAUUGUUCUGGUGACUUAGGUAAAUUGUCUAUGCCGGAAACAUCAAUCGAAAAGGAUAAAGUUGUUGGUGAAGAUCAUACUGUGACGAACAUCCAAAUCCAAAAAACAUCCGAAUCGUCCGAGUUACAAUUGAUUAGAAAGCCAGCAGGAUCAAGGGCUGUUGCUACAACUAAAAGAUGGGUUGUCUUAGAUGAUCAUUUAGUUGAUCAAAAGAUUCUUACGGUCUAUAAAUGUAAUUCAUGCGAUUUCAAUACUAGAUAUUUGAAAGUAAUAGACUUGCACAUCCUCGAUCAUUUUUGCCAAAUAGCCAAUGGCAAAUAUGCGUGCAAUGUAUGUCUGGCACAGUUUUCAGAUAAACUUAAUAUGAUUGAGCAUGUUAAAGAACUUCAACAUGGGUAUAAAAUAGGAGUUUGGUGUGUUAAUUGUUCUUCAGUGUUCUUAAAGACGUGGGAGGCGAGAAAACAUCAAAAAGUAUGUAAGAGGAAACAAAUCUCCGUAAAAUUAUUUAAGAGUAACAAUGUAAUAUUUUGUAUGUUAUGUCAGUAUGAAACAAGUGAUUUGGCACAAGCUAAGGAACAUACUAAAAAAUGUAAAGAAAGACUAAUGAAAGCUAGACAUGUAAUUGAGCUUGAUUAA